AAUGCAAAUAAAAUAAAUAAUUUUGUAGUUUUGAAAAAUUCUUAAAAUGGCCACCAGAACGAACACAAUUGAACGCAACGGUACCGUAAAGUCAUCAUCGACACUGCGAGAGAUUUGCGCUCGUGCUAUUACAAAAUCCGAAUGGCCAGAUAAGGAUGAAUUCCUGGACGUCAUUUACUGGUCACGCCAGGUGUUUGGCAUAAUAUUGGGAAUAAUUUGGGGAAUUUUUCCACUCAAGGGCUUCCUAGGCCUCGUGCUCUUUGCUGCCAUUAGCUGUGGCAUUGUGUACCUGUAUGCCAUCAACUUUCAGAAUGUGGAUGAGGAUGCCUAUGGAGGAGCCUGGGAGUUAAUUAAAGAAGGUUUUAUGACCUCAUUUGCCGGCUUCUUGGUGACGUGGAUCAUAUUCUAUACGGGAUUGCAUUAUGAGUCUAUAAUAGCCAGCAAAACUGUUUCGGCAUCUAGUUAAAGAAACAAUCAACAAUAACAGCAUCAAAUUCCCGCAAAUCUUUGUUUGCCAAAGCCAAAUCAAGUUUCCAGUUUCUGUCUAUUAAACCAUCAAAGUAUGUUGUUAAACUUUUAAUUUAGCCAAUUACCGUGUGUGUGCAUUUGAAAUUGCGAUUUUUCUGUGAAAAAUUGAUUACAGAAUAAGAACAAAAAAUAUAUACACCAAGUCAUUGCAUCGUU